UAGACACGCAAAGCUUCCAGUGUAAAUGUUAUUCAGCCUUCUGCGUUCGUGAAGGAGGUACGGUAUGUACACAGUACCUAUUUUCAGGGGCUGCUGCCUUAUCGAUAAUCGUCACCCAUUGUGGCUUAAGGCGGGCGCGUGAGAGGGGGCUACGUAAUUUGGCUGGCACAUGCGACCGCAUCCAGGAGACGUCUCGCAUAUCAGUCAACCCAGCCGGUCCUCAUUACUUCAAUAGCUCUUGAACUCACGUUGAAAGAAGCAUUCAAUCUCCUGCGCCAUCUUUCUUCAUACAAUCGCCGUUUCACCGAUAUUUGGCUGAAAGGAUCAACAUGUCUACCGAGGCGACCGGGGUCCCUCCAGCGCCUGAAUCUCCUACUACCGUAAGACCUCUCGAGAUGGACGACGACGACGUGCAAGAGGGCGUGACGCUGGGUCCCGACGAUGCUGCGGCCGCCAAACCCAACCCCUCAAGUCCGAACACGGCCAGUGCGCCUGUAGCCGCGUCCGGCGAUGCUCCUCCGCCCAAGCCGCCCCGGCCGCUGACCGAGGCGCAAAAGAACCAGCAGAUGCUCAAGGAGGCCUUCCCGUCUAUCGAUGAUGCCGUCAUCAGGGCCGUACUCACCGCCAGCGGUGGGCGCAUCGAGGCCGCCUUCAAUGCGCUUCUGGAGAUGACAGACCCCGAAGCCGCCGAACGCGAUCGACCGCCCCCGCCGCCCCCGAGACCCGUGGCUGACCCGGCAGGACCGACUUCCACCGAUCUAUCACAACUUGAGGCCGACGAGAGGUAUGCUCGUCAACUGGCAGAACAGUACGAAAAUGUCGGCGCGUACGAGGCUAGAACCGCCAAUCGGGCCCACCGAGGCGGUGGUCCACCCCGUGGUCGGCAGCAGACAGGUAUACGAGGCCACGACGACGAGUACGAUCGCGAGCAUAGCUUCCUUGACGACGAUCUGCCCGUCAUUAAGGAGAGCCUAAAGAAGGGAUUUAUUGAGACGCAGACAAAGGUCAACACGUGGUUCACGAAUCUGAAGAAGAAGCUUGACGAGACGUUUGACGAGGAGGAUGAGCACCGGGCCCAGGGGAGCAGCUCGUUCAUGGGCAGACCGACCCGGGAUCCGACUCGGAGGAGCGCGGACUACGAGCGCUACGAUGCGGAUCCUGAGCUUCUCAGUGAUGACUUCGCGGGGAUGAAGUUUCACAGCGACGGAACCCCCGUCCAGAACCAGCGCAGUAACCCGAACCUCUUCAAGCCGCCGCCGCCAUCUAAGUCGCCCAAGCCGAGCGACGGCAGGAAAGUUGUCUCCUUCCGCGACACAGUCGAGGAUAUCGACGCGUACAGUGCCUCGCCCAAAAUCCCACCCAAGGACGCCAGCGCCGCCGCGGGACCUGGCAGCAGUGCGGCGAAGGCGAGCAAGUGGCAACCGCUGUCGGCCGUCGAGCCCAGCCCGAUCGCCGAGAAUGACCCCUUCAGUCUCGGGGAUAGCGAUGACGAGCACGAAGUCAAGAACAAGACGUCUGGGAGCAGGGAGAUCAAGAUGGAGGAUACCGAACGGCUGAGGCAGGCUACGGCGGAUGCGAUGGCGGAAAGCUUGGUGGAGGAUGAAGGCAAAAGUAAGGAAACGAGUGGUGGUGCAGGCACUGGUGCCAAAUAGGGGAAUAGAGCACGUGCUCGUGGUUGAUGCGUCGUAUGUUUCGGGCAAUUUAGCGUCACGGUGUGCGGUUGUGUUACAGCAGGCGGAACAUCUCCAGUAUGUAAUAACUCAAUCGUAUGUCCAGCAUCGGUGGCUGGUUUAUUGGAGACCGCGGUCAUCAAAGUACUGGUGUUCCCAUUUGUAAGGAGGUUCAAGAUGGUCCGUCGACAUGUCCGUCGAGCUCCGUGCCUUUUCACAUGUAGCCAGGGCCACAGCACGUGGUGCAAAGUGAGAUCUCUCGAAUAGUACGCUACUAGGUUUGAGCUGUCCUCGGGUUAACUCGGAUUGAGGAC